AAGUGUUACUUUCAGGUCAAGGAGAACUGUGGGAUAUCGUAUGGUAAUGACCAUAAUGAAGAUGGUUAAGGCCAUGUUUAUAUUGUAAUGUUAAGGAGAUUUUUUUGAUUGAAUGCGUAAAAUUACGCAGUUCGUCAAUUUUGAGAAAAUUUCAUAAUGUGUUGAAGCAUAUUUAGUGAAUUAUUAUUUUUUUUAACCUAAGCUGCCGCAGGCAGAAAUGCCGCAAUUUACAGGAACAUUAAAAUUGAAGAUUUGUGAAGCGGUGGAUUUACGUCCGACAGAAUAUGCUACUAGACAUGCUACAGUUGUGGGAAAACAACAGCUAAUGCUAAUUGAUCCUUAUGUUGCAGUCGAUGUCGACGAAAUUCAUGUCGAUCGCUCCACAACCAAACAGAAAACAUUCAAGCCGGUAUGGAAUGAGUUUUUUAUGUCAGAGGUUCAUGCAGGACAAAUUUUGGGACUGACUGUUUUUCACGAUGCGGCAAUUCCGCCUGAUGAUUUUGUAGCUAAUUGUAACAUUUCAUUUGAUGAGCUUCUUCAGUCAUCGAAAGAAUCUGGCAAAUAUGAAUCUGACGUUUGGAUUGAUUUGGAGCCUGGCGGAAAAAUACAUGUUGUUAUUGAACUUAUUCCUGAAGAAAGUGCCGCUCCCAAGCAACCUAAAGUAUUUAAAGAAAGACAGGGUUUCAACAGAAGGCGAGGUGCCAUGCGCCGAAGGGUUCAUCAAAUCAAUGGCCAUAAGUUUAUGGCUACUAUACUUAGGCAACCUACUUUUUGUUCUCAUUGUAGAGAAUUCAUUUGGGGUCUUGGCAAACAAGGUUAUCAGUGUCAAGUUUGCACAUGUGUUGUCCACAAACGUUGUCAUGAAUUUGUUGUAACGAAAUGUCCAGGUUCAAGAGAUGUGACCACCGAAGAAGUAAUAACUGGAGUUGGUAGCAGAUUCAACAUAAACCUCCCUCAUCGUUUUAUUGUACAUAACUUUAAGAGACCUACAUUUUGUGAUCAUUGUGGUUCAAUGCUGUAUGGCUUAUUUAGACAAGGCUUACAAUGUGAAGUUUGUAGCAUGAAUGUUCAUAAGCGGUGUGAAAAGAACGUAGCAAACAAUUGUGGAGUUAAUUCUAAACAAAUUGCCGAUGUUUUGAGUACCAUGGGUAUGUCUAGUGAUAAAUUGGCAAAACCUGUGGGGAGAAAAAAGAAGCCAUCCAUUAGUGAAUCUCCUAAUAAAAUGGGUCAACUAUCUGAAAAAAUGCAUACCUCACCCCUUUCUGUAGAAUUUGAUUCACUAGAUAUAUCAGAAUCUGGUGGAAAGCGAUUCUUUCCUACAGGCCAAGGAGAUUUUUUGGAUAUGGAUAAAAAUCGACCACGAAAAUUAGGCUUAGAUGAUUUUAUCUUUAUUAAAGUAUUAGGAAAAGGAAGCUUUGGAAAAGUUCUAUUAGCAGAAAAGAAAGGUUCAGAUGAAGUCUUUGCUGUGAAAGUACUUAAAAAAGAUGUUAUUCUUCAAGAUGAUGAUGUUGAUUGCACUAUGACAGAAAAAAGAAUACUAACGUUGUCAGCCAAACAUCCUUUUUUAACAGCUCUUCAUUGUUGUUAUCAAACAGAGGAUCGUUUGUUUUUUGUUAUGGAAUAUGUCAAUGGUGGGGAUUUGAUGUUCCAAAUUCAAAAAGCUAGGAAAUUUGAUGAACCUAGAGCUAGGUUUUAUGCCUCAGAAGUAACAUUAGCUCUGAUGUUUCUUCAUCGUAAUGGAGUUAUUUACAGGGAUUUGAAAUUGGAUAACAUUCUCUUAGAUAGUGAAGGUCAUUGUAAAAUAGCUGAUUUUGGCAUGUGUAAAGAAGGUAUACUAAAUGGCUGCACAACCACUACAUUUUGUGGAACACCUGAUUAUAUAGCUCCAGAGAUUCUACAAGAAUUGGAAUAUGGUCCAUCUGUUGAUUGGUGGGCUUUGGGAGUCCUGAUGUAUGAAAUGAUGGCUGGACAACCACCAUUUGAAGCAGAUAACGAAGACGAUUUGUUUGAAAGUAUUCUUCAUGAUGAUGUUCUUUACCCUGUUUGGCUCAGCAAAGAAGCAGUUUCAAUCUUAAAAGGCUUUAUGACUAAGAACCCAGCCAAGCGACUAGGCUGUGUUACAUCCCAAGGUUGUGAAGAAGCCAUUCUACACCAUUCUUUCUUUAAAGAGGUGGACUGGGAUGCGCUUGAAAACAGAAAAGUCAAACCACCCUUUAGGCCGAAAAUUAAAACAAAAAGAGAUGUCAAUAAUUUUGAUCAAGAUUUCACAAAAGAAGAACCAGUAUUGACUCCUGUUUCCACAGAGGUCAUAAAGAAUAUCAAUCAAGAAGAAUUCCGAGGAUUCUCCUUUGUUAAUGAAGAUUACAAUCCUGCCAAAUUUGUAUGUGAUGGUCCUGCUACAUAGUGUCUGAAGAAUAAUUGUAUAGUGAAAUCCUCUCCCCUCUUUAUUGUUGUGUCUAGUCAUUAGUUUUGAAUUAAGGUCUGUCACUAAUUAUCUGUGAAAAGGUUUAUGCUUUUUUAGAAGUAGAUAUGUAUUUAUUAUUGUGAAAGAUCAAGAACAUCUUGGCUCUCUCCUAUCAUAACUGUACAAUCUUUUAAGUUUGAAAAUUGUGAAUUGAUAAACCUAAGUCUUUUCUUUUCAUACAAAUCAUUUAUUUAAUAGAAAGAAAAAAACAAUCUAACAUGUUUGUUUUUUCUCUUUGUAUGAGGAUGUAUAUAAGAUUCAUAUGUUUUUAAUUUAUACUAAGAGAUGAAUUUUAGUGUAUGAGAGAUAUUUCUGUUUAGCUUUUAACUGUCUUUGUAAGUGUUUUCUUUUAUAGUUUGUGCUGUGUAAAAUUAUUUUGAAUACUUGUUAACAAUACUGCUAGAUUCUACUUCCAAUUGAAAAAAAAAACUAUGCAAUUUAUUCAUUAAAUGUCCAUCUUAAUGUGUUUUUAGACUUUUUAUAACUUAUAUAUUACCAGAUUCUAUUCUGUUAUCCAUUCAAAAAAUAUGCAAGAUUUAAUAUUUAUUUUAAUUAAUGAUUAUGCAAAAUUUAAUAUUUAUUGUACUUAAUGACUUUGCAAAAUUAUAAAUUGAAUGUUUUAUUAUAAAAAAUCAACUUAUCUAAUUUUAUUAAAAUCUUACGUAUGUAAUUUCUUGGGUAACUGACUGACAUUGUUUCAUGCAUUUAAUAAUGUUCAAAUUAAAAAAAAGAAGCUAUGCAAUUUAUUCAUUUUAUGCCAAUCAUAAUGUUUUUUUUGCUUUUCUUUUGUUAACUUAUAACCUCUACUUCCAGAUCCUAAUCUGUUCUGCAGAAAAUAAAUAAAUAAAAACUGCACAAUAUCAUUAAUUUAAUAUUUAUUAUAGUUAAAGAUGAUGUAAUAUUUAAUGUUUAUUGUACUAAAUGAAUAUGCGAUAUUAUUAAUUCAAUAUUUAUUACAAGUAAUCAAUUUAUGCAUUUAAUUGAAAUCUUACAUGUGCAAUUCCAUUGUUUCAUACUUUUAACAAUGUUUCUUAUUUCUGCUCAACUUUUGAAAAACCUUUGCAAUUUUAUUGAAAUCUUUCAUCUGCAAUUCAAGGGGUAACUAACUAACAUUAUUUCAUGCAUUUAUUAAUCUAACUAGAUUCUGCUACAAUUAAAAAAAAAAUUCAUUCAAUUUAUUCAGUUAAUGUCAAUAUUAAUGUUUUUUUUUUUGUCUAUUUAUAGCAUAUUUUUCCAGGUUCUGUUAUCCAUAAAAACCUGUACAUUAUCAUUAAUUUAAUAUUUAUUAUAGUUAAUAAUUAUGCAGCAUUUAAUGUUUUUUGUACUUAAUUACUAUGUAAUAUUAUGAAUUCAAUGUUUAUUAUAAAAAAAUAGACUUAUGCAAUUUUAUUAAAAUCUUACAUGUGCCAUUGCAUUGAUAGCUGACUGACAUUGUUUCAUGCAUUUAACAAUGUUUCUAAAUUCUGCUACAAAUUUUUUAAAAAAAUAUCCAGUUUAUGUCAGUCAUUUUUUUUUUUUCGUCUGCUUAAAACCAGGUUCUAUUAUGCAAAAAAAGAGAAGAAAAAAAUGUGUGAUAAUUUAAUAUUUAUUAUAGUUAGUGAUUAUGCAAUAUUUAAUGUUUAUUGUACUUAAUGACUAUGCAAUAUUAAUUUAAAUGUUUAUUACAAACAAUCUAUGCAAUUUUAUUAAACUCUUACAUAUGACUGACAUUACAACUGACUAAGAUUAUUUCAUGCAUUUAAUAAAUGUUCAACGUUAAAAAAACCUAUGUAAUUGUCAUUUGAUAUCAAUCUCAAUGUUUUUUGUUUUUUUGAUACUUAUAACCUAUACUUCGAGAUUCUACUCUAUUAUCCAUAAAAAAUUAUGCAAUAUUAUUAUUUGAUUGAUUUGUUAUUAUGAUUAUUUUGCAAUAUUCAAUAUUUAUUAUAGUUAAUGAUUAUGCAAAAUCUUUAUUAUUCUAAUGACUAUAUAAUAUUUUUUAAAAGUUUAUUGUAAAAAAUAAAUUUUUCUAAUUUUAUUAAAAUCCUCUCAUAUCCAAUUCUUAUACAAUGUUUUUUGAAUUCCGGAUUACAUUGUGUAUUUUUAAAUAAUUUUGUGUGUAUUUAUUGAUUUACAAAUAUACCAACUUAAUUAUUUUAAAAAAUUACCGAAUUAGAUUUUAGUUCUUUCAAAAUAUCUAAUUCAUUUGAGGCAUCUAUUGUAUUGAAUUGUUAUAUUGAAAUAUCUAUUUUAAAAAAUGCAAUGUAACCUAUUAGUAAAAAGCAUUAUUUAUUUUACCACAAUCUCUUAAAAUUUUGUGAUUCUGUUAUCUGUGAACAGUUUGAAACAAGAAUGGACUUGAUAUGGGAGAGCCUUUCAUAAUCAGCAUCUGUUUAUAUACCCACUUGAUAAAAAGUUAAAACAUUAUUACAGAUAAGUAUUGACUUUCCUGCAUAUUUGUAUCACCUCUUUCAUGUACAGUUUAAAUCUGCCUAUGCACAUGUCUUCUAUGAAUCAUAGAUGAACUGAGUUAGUUUCCUCUUCAUAUUAUCAAUGUUUCAUAAUUAUUUAUUUCUUAAAGAGCCAUGGCUGCAUGUUUUUAGCUCUUGAUCGAUUUUUAUGGUUGUGUAUUUAUUUUUUUAAUUCUAUUUUCUAUUGAAUUUUUCCCCUUUUUCUUUAUACAAGUAUUACUGUCAAAAUAUUUGUACCUGCUGGCUGAUUUGCUAAAGCAAAUUGAGAAUUGCUCCUUUGUGGCUUACUAUUGCUCCCUCUAUUGAAAUAGUAAAUGCAAAUCAGUGUUGUUAUUUAAAGACAGUAGACAGGAGGUGUACACACUUUCCUUUAGAGAAUAUCCACAAUUGUUCAAAACUGGGACAUGGUUUUGUUGUCUCAAAAUAUUUAUAUGCAAAUGAAAGUAACUAAAAGAAAUGCAUCUAUGUUAUUUAUUCUGUGCUGGUCCUUGGAAAAAAUUUAUUAAAAUUGUUUCCAGAAAAUGUUAAGGAAAAAAAUGUAGUAUUGAAAUAUUGUUGCCUAUUAUAUUAAAUAUUUUUCUUAGAAUUGAAAAAAAAAAUUGAAUCCAGAAUUACAGUGUAAUUAAAGUGUCUCAUUUUUUUAUGCA